UAUUGGUGACUCUUAGCAUUUAAUGACUUGAACAACAUGACAUUAUUAUGAAACCAAACCAAACAAUUAGGAUGCUAUUUACUCUUGUCACAUGUUCCACAUGAUUAUGUGCUGUUGCUCAAUGCUUGGUACAGUUUUAUUUUGGUUUGGUCAAAUGAUGCUUUUAUUUAAUUUAAAUGUCAGCUUGAUUUCACCUUCACAACCACGAGCUUCUGUUCUUCCUUCCUUCCUUCCUUCUCUCAGACUUCAUCAUAAUCAGACAUUUGUGUGCAUUCUUGCCCACAUACACCUAACAGGAUGUUCCUGAAUACUGUUCAGCGAUUGUACAUUUUGUAUUAACAAGCGUUCUUUGAAACUAGAAGGCAUUUAUGAGGUAUCACUUGACACUAAUGAAAGACUCAUAAAUAACAUAAUCUCCAAAACAGGGUGUUUAUUGAGCCGUGAUUCUUGUAAAAAUGGACUCCCAUUGUGUGACAGAGGGCAGGCCUGUCGAGGUGGACAGCACCGGCUUGAACGGUGAGCUCAUGGUCGCGUGUUUGUGUGCGAUCCAGCUCCUGUCCACAGCUGUCACACAGGGCCUGACAUGGCUUUACAUUCCUGCUGUGAGCUAUAAGACCGGUUCAGAUCUCAGUCUGGCAGGUCUGCUGUUAUUAGUGAAAGUUUGCGACUUGCAAAUACUCUGGGUUAACUUCUUUAUAUAUUUUCUUUAAUGAUAAUGGACGAGAACAUCUUGUGGGCGACGGCUGUGGUUGAUAGCAGAGCGGCCCUUGAUAAACGGGAGGAGGCAGAGGAACAAGUGAGAAAGAUCUCCUCUGAUCUGAGGCGUGAGAUCGUUGAUCUGGGGGGUGCAGAGAACAUUAUUGAGCUGCGUAUGAAGAAGAAGAUCAGGAACAACACCGCAGCUCCCAAAGACCCAAUGGAUGUUCCUGUGGGACGUGUGGAACAGGAUGAGUUUUUAGAAGCAGCAGCUCAGGGAAAGAUGGAAGUAGUUGAGAAAUUUCUGGAAGAUGGAGGAGAUCCAAACAUCUGUGAUGAGUUCAGGAAAACAGCGCUGCAUCGGGCUGCUUUGGAAAAUCAUGCUAAAAUAGUGGAAAAAUUACUGGACAAAGGUGCUGAUAUCAACUUUAAAGACAGGCUGGACUGCAGGGCUGUACAUUGGGCUUGCAGAGGUGGAAGUCUCUCAGCACUGAAAGUUCUUCAGGACAGGGGAGCUGACAUCACUGUCAGAGACAAACUGCUUAGCUCACCUUUGCAUGUGGCCACACGGACAGGUCACAGUGAUGUGGUCCAACAUCUUCUAACCAGUGGAAUCAAUAUUAAUGCCAAAGAUUGGGAAGGAGACACGGCACUGCAUGAUGCUGUCAGAUUAAAUCGAUAUAAAAUUGUCAAACUCCUUAUACUGGCAGGAGCCGAUAUGCAGAUCAAGAAUGCUGAAGGCAUUGCGGCCACAGAACAGGUGAAGCAAUGGCAGUUUGACACAAAGGAGACACUGGAGAAACUAGAACAGAUGAGAGAGGUUGGUCUGGCCUGACAGACACAUGGAGAUGUAUUGGAUUCAUUAGAGCGUCUGUGAACAGGUGCACGGCUGGAGAACAACCCCACCUCUGUCUGAGUAAUUAUUUACUUUCUGUGUUAAUUAGUGCUGAAAGGUGCCUGUCCUCACAAAUUCAAUUUUUUUUUUUUUUUUUUUUUUAAUUAAAAGAGAGCAUGGUCAAAACAGGCAGGGUCCAGAAACAGCAAA